AUUAAACGAUUUUAAAGCGAUUAUUAACGAUCUAUUUGGUCAAUAUAUUAUGCAUAAAACAAUUGUACUCCGUGGAUACGCUUCCGAAGAGAGUCCAAUAUCAAUGUUGCUAGGAAAUACAGGAUAUCCUCUGCUUCAGAUUCAUCUACACAAUGAUACCAAGAACCAAACGUAUCACCUGUACAACACGUUAAAGAGAUUUUUUGCUAUGUGGAACAUGCCGGACACUAACGACGACGGAAGACUAAUGAUUUUAUUAGCUCCCAGUAAAGCCGUUAAAGAUACUAUACUUAUGCUGAUAGAAGAAAGGAUGCACGGAACUAGAGCUAAGCUUCUAAUAUUGGACGAUCCAAAUAAUUGGGAUGACGUAUUCUCCGUUUCUGCCGCUUACAUCGUAGACAUCAUUGUAGUGACCGAAACGGCGCUUAAUCCGGAAUACUUCCCUUUAUCCGUUCAGCUAAGUACAAAAGUAGCGUCGAGAGAAUCGAAUUUUAAGUGUUACAAGAAAGAUGAUAAAAGCGCCUUGAAAAAAUUUGGUAAUCAUCUCUUAAAAAGGAUAGCGAAUAAUCUACCGACUUGCUGUAUACAAAAUGAAAAACUUUAUUAUUUAUGGCGAGGUUACCCUUCCGAUAAUGGCACCGUCGUCCUUCAACCCAUAGCCACUUGGUCUAAGAAUUUUGGGAUAUCCACUAUCGACGUUAUACGUCAGAGAGAAUCGCCCGUUUUAAGGAUUGCGAUUAAAGAGUAUCAACCUUUGAUCAAACUACAUAAAGAAAACAAUACGUUAUAUCUCGAAAAUUCCAUGUGCAAAGCGGUAUUGGAUUACAUAUCGAGAAGGAUGAAUAUGAAAUACGAGUUACUGUACAUAGAAGGAGACUGGGGAACUAAAGAGAAUGGAAGCUGGACGGGAGCCAUUAAAAUGGUCUUGGAUGGGGAUGCCGACAUCAUACCGUUUUUAGCAUUGACCGCUAGAAGAAAUGACGUCAUAGAUUUUACUCAUCCUCUAUUAAUCAUACAAAAUGGUAUUUUAGUGAGAAAACCUCGAGAACCUUCUAGAGCCUUUCUUUUUCUUCGACCCUUCAAUAAAAAUGUGUGGAUAGGAAUAAUUGUUUGUCUUCCAGUUGUCAGUUUUGUAUUUUACGUCGUUAAUCGAUACAGCGCGUAUAUUUAUGGAAAAUCAUCCCGUUGUAAAAUCGGUUUGAGUAGUUUCGGGAAUUGCUUUUGGUACGUCUUUGGAGCUACCUUGCAACAAGGAGGAAUUUACACACCGGAUUCUAUUUCUGGAAGAAUGAUCGCCGGUACGUGGUGGUUAGCCAUGGUAGUAAUUUUUUCCACCUACAGCGGUAAUCUCAUCGCAUUCUUGACCUUCCCCGAAGCAAAAUGGAUCGUCGAGAAUAUCAAAGAUAUCAUUAACGCGCCACAUUUAAAGAUAUAUAUCGGAAAAUCUGCUCCUAUUAUCGAAGAAAUGGAAACGUCGACCACCCAUGUGAUGAACCAACUCCACAAACAAUAUUCGAUCCGAGGCCAAGGAGUACGGAUGAAUUCGUACAUCAAAAAGGAACUCGAAGCCGGAAGAGCCGUUUAUAUGGACGAUAUCUAUCAUCUGUUAGGAAUCAUCAAUAAAGAUUUCAAUCGGCACGGCCGCUGCCGAUUUUCCAUACCUCAUUACAGAUACUACCAAUUAGAAAUGUCUAUGGGCUUAAGAAGAGGAAGUCCGUACUUUCGCUCGUUUAAUCAAAUAAUUAAAGAAUUAUGGGAGACCGGCAUGUUGUCUCACUGGCAUAAAAAAUAUAGUUGGAUCGAACAGAAAUGCGAAGUGACAGACACCACUCUGAAGGGAGGAGGUAGAAACGUCGAGCUGAAAGAUUUGCAAGGGGCUUUCUACCUAUUGUGUUUAGGUUUAGCCACGUCAGUCUUAACAAUUAUCAUCGAGCAGUGCCCGGUGCGUGGCCAAGUUUCCGGCUGCUCCGUGGAGGAACUCGAUUUGUUCGUAUAUACGUUUCCCACUACUUUCGAGAGCGAAGAGAGUCCAAUAUCAAUGUUGCUAGGAAAUACAGGAUAUCCUCUGCUUCAGAUUCAUCUACACAAUGAUACCAAGAACCAAACGUAUCACCUGUACAACACGUUAAAGAGAUUUUUUGCUAUGUGGAACAUGCCGGACACUAACGACGACGGAAGACUAAUGAUUUUAUUAGCUCCCAGUAAAGCCGUUAAAGAUACUAUACUUAUGCUGAUAGAAGAAAGGAUGCACGGAACUAGAGCUAAGCUUCUAAUAUUGGACGAUCCAAAUAAUUGGGAUGACGUAUUCUCCGUUUCUGCCGCUUACAUCGUAGACAUCAUUGUAGUGACCGAAACGGCGCUUAAUCCGGAAUACUUCCCUUUAUCCGUUCAGCUAAGUACAAAAGUAGCGUCGAGAGAAUCGAAUUUUAAGUGUUACAAGAAAGAUGAUAAAAGCGCCUUGAAAAAAUUUGGUAAUCAUCUCUUAAAAAGGAUAGCGAAUAAUCUACCGACUUGCUGUAUACAAAAUGAAAAACUUUAUUAUUUAUGGCGAGGUUACCCUUCCGAUAAUGGCACCGUCGUCCUUCAACCCAUAGCCACUUGGUCUAAGAAUUUUGGGAUAUCCACUAUCGACGUUAUACGUCAGAGAGAAUCGCCCGUUUUAAGGAUUGCGAUUAAAGAGUAUCAACCUUUGAUCAAACUACAUAAAGAAAACAAUACGUUAUAUCUCGAAAAUUCCAUGUGCAAAGCGGUAUUGGAUUACAUAUCGAGAAGGAUGAAUAUGAAAUACGAGUUACUGUACAUAGAAGGAGACUGGGGAACUAAAGAGAAUGGAAGCUGGACGGGAGCCAUUAAAAUGGUCUUGGAUGGGGAUGCCGACAUCAUACCGUUUUUAGCAUUGACCGCUAGAAGAAAUGACGUCAUAGAUUUUACUCAUCCUCUAUUAAUCAUACAAAAUGGUAUUUUAGUGAGAAAACCUCGAGAACCUUCUAGAGCCUUUCUUUUUCUUCGACCCUUCAAUAAAAAUGUGUGGAUAGGAAUAAUUGUUUGUCUUCCAGUUGUCAGUUUUGUAUUUUACGUCGUUAAUCGAUACAGCGCGUAUAUUUAUGGAAAAUCAUCCCGUUGUAAAAUCGGUUUGAGUAGUUUCGGGAAUUGCUUUUGGUACGUCUUUGGAGCUACCUUGCAACAAGGAGGAAUUUACACACCGGAUUCUAUUUCUGGAAGAAUGAUCGCCGGUACGUGGUGGUUAGCCAUGGUAGUAAUUUUUUCCACCUACAGCGGUAAUCUCAUCGCAUUCUUGACCUUCCCCGAAGCAAAAUGGAUCGUCGAGAAUAUCAAAGAUAUCAUUAACGCGCCACAUUUAAAGAUAUAUAUCGGAAAAUCUGCUCCUAUUAUCGAAGAAAUGGAAACGUCGACCACCCAUCUGAUGAACCAACUCCACAAACAAUAUUCGAUCCGAGGCCAAGGAGUACGGAUGAAUUCGUACAUCAAAAAGGAACUCGAAGCCGGAAGAGCCGUUUAUAUGGACGAUAUCUAUCAUCUGUUAGGAAUCAUCAAUAAAGAUUUCAAUCGGCACGGCCGCUGCCGAUUUUCCAUACCUCAUUACAGAUACUACCAAUUAGAAAUGUCUAUGGGCUUAAGAAGAGGAAGUCCGUACUUUCGCUCGUUUAAUCAAAUAAUUAAAGAAUUAUGGGAAACCGGCAUGUUAUCUCACUGGCAUAAAAAAUAUAGUUGGAUCGAACAGAAAUGCGAAGUGACAGACACCACUCUGAAGGGAGGAGGUAGAAACGUCGAGCUGAAAGAUUUGCAAGGGGCUUUCUACCUAUUGUGUUUAGGUUUAGCCACGUCAGUCUUAACAAUUAUCAUCGAGCAGGUUAGCCGAGUAAUCGAUAAAUUCAAACUUGGGAAAAAAUUGAGAAAAAUGAAGUAAAAUCUCGUAACUGAUUUUUACGUAAUUUCGCACCAA